AUGGCAUCGACAACGUUCAACUUUACCGACUCCACAACGUCAUCAACGACGGAGGCCACUGAUGCCAGCAACUGGAAAGUUAUUGAUAACGUAGCGUACAACAUCGAGACGUAUUACCUGUGGGUCAUCCUUUUCCUGGGGUUUCCUGGCAACAGUGCAACGAUCAUCACAAUCAUCAAGAUGUCUCCAACAAGGUCUCUCACCGUCUACAUUGCCCUCCUCGCCAUCGUCGACAACCUCGCCAUCGUCAUCAAGCUUCUCAUAUUUGUUCUGACAGAUCAUGGAGUUGACAUCGGUUCAUUUGGAUGUAAAUUUCUUGGUUUUUGUGGAAACUUUCUCAUCACCCUUGGCAACUGGAUUCUUGUAGCUUUGUCCGUGGAAAGAUUCGCUGCAGUGUGGUACCCUUUGAAACUUGGUCAGAAUUGGACUUUCAAAAAGUCUUUGAUUGUUGUCGGAGGAAUAACGGUUCCUUUGAUAGCUCUUUUUCUUCAUUUGUUUUGGACGACUGAUUACGUCCCCGCGGAGCCACCCAACGCAGCUUACUGUGGCGUACAUGCAGAAUACGUUGGGUUCAUCACGGAAUGUUGGUACUGGAUUAAUGUCGCGAUCUAUGCCAUCCUACCCUUUGCUUUACUCUUGCUCUUCAACAGUCUCAUCGUUGCAGGGAUUGUGAUGUCUAGAAGGGUAAGCAGGUAUCUAAACCGAAGUAAGGCCAAGGAUAAUGGCCAUUUUACGUCGUAUCGGCAACGUCAAAUUACCGUCAUGCUAGUGACGUCGGCGUUUGUAAUGAUCCUCCUCACUACUCCUCGUUGCGUCUUUCUCAUCCUCUCAACGUCCUUGACCGCCCCCAUGACCACGACGAAAGGAGCCAUUGUGUACCUUCUGGACACUCUCGCUUACGUCAUGUGCGAUUCUACCCACGCCGUGAACUUUUAUCUGUACUCGUUCAGCGCAAGGCGGUUCAGGAAGCAGUUUCGCGACGUCCUCUUUUGUCGAGAACGAAAACGAGGUCAAUCUGGUGCCCAGUACGUUACGUUGACGUCUCGCAUGUCAAUACGAUUUAACACUGCUUUGAUAUGGGAUUCCGUUGAACGACCGCUGGUCAGAUAUCGCAGUCAAGAGAAGUGA